UGACUUUGAUUUUGAAUUUUGAAAAGAAGCGGAAGCGAUACAGAUCUGAGAGCUGAGAGCUGAGAGCCGAGAGAGGAGAUGGAGGAUUCAGGUGCGAUUCUAUGUCAAAUCUCCAUUUUCAAGGAAAUGCUUGAUCAGGUCAAUCGGGAGAUCGAAGCAAACAUUGUGGUGACGAGAGAGAUCGAAUCACAGAUCGGAGCUUGUUCUGAGAUGGAAUCGAAUCUUUCUCUCAAGGAAGCUGAGCUUACUAGAUCGUUCCUCGCUUCUCAGUUCGAGAUCAGCGGUUUAAUCUCCGUUACAGCCGAUUCAAGAAACCAUGUGAAGCUAUUGGAGGAUGAGAUUUCUCGCCUGAGAACUGAGCACAGUGAGCUGAUUACAAGGCUAACAGAGAAGCGGGAAGAGUUUGUGAAGAUGUGUUUUGGAUUUCAGAGUGAUAGUGAAGACACUGAAUUAAGGAGUUUAGUUUCAGAGAAGGAGUUUCUAGAAAACGAAGUUCGGAUGUUGGAGGAGAAAAACUUGGAUGUGAAGAAUUCGAUUUUGGCUUACAUGGAAGAUGAAAUGAAGAAUCUAUUAUCUGAUUAGUGUUUCUAGAAUGAUGGAAGUUUUAGCCAUAGUAAUUUUCUCUAUUUACUUAAUGAAAUAGUCUUUUAACAUCA